CUCCACCCACGUAACACUGCAACUACCCAUCCCCGCCACUAAACACCCUCACUGUCCAGUCACAGUCAAACACCGCAUCACACUCUAAGCACACAGAGGAAUGAAACUCUUCUUGUUCCUCACGGCCCUUAUCGUCGCUGGCGCUACCGGCGUCGAAUCUUGUACGCCGGCAGACCGGCAGGCUCUGCUGGACUUCAAAGCUGCAUUGAACGAGCCCUACUUGGGAAUCUUCAAGAGCUGGUCCGGCAACGACUGCUGCUCCAGCUGGUUCGGCAUCAGCUGUGACUCCGCCGGUCGUGUCGCAGACAUUAACCUCCGGGGGGAGUCGGAGGAUCCGAUCUUUGAGCGCGCCGGCCGGUCUGGCUACAUGACUGGCGCGAUCUCGCCUUCCAUUUGCAAGCUGGACAGCCUCACCACGCUGAUAAUCGCGGACUGGAAGGGCAUCUCUGGCGAGAUUCCACCGUGCAUUUCGUCGCUCAGCAAGCUUCGGAUCCUCGACCUCGUCGGGAACAAGAUCACCGGUGUGAUCCCGGCGGACAUCGGGAAGUUGCAGCGACUGACGGUUCUGAACGUGGCGGAUAACUCGAUCUCCGGCAGCAUUCCGGCGUCGGUUGUGAACCUCGCGUCACUAAUGCACCUGGACCUCCGGAACAACCAGAUCACCGGCGGAAUUCCGCAGGAUUUCGGAAAACUCACGAUGCUGAGCCGAGCCAUGCUCGGCCGGAACCAGCUCACCGGCACCAUUCCGAGCUCCAUCUCAGGCCUUUACCGGCUCGCCGAUUUUGACCUCUCCGUAAACCAAAUCUCCGGUGUGAUCCCGGCUGAACUCGGUUCAAUGCCGGUUCUCUCCACUCUCAACCUCGACAGCAACAGACUCUCCGGUUCCAUCCCGGCAUCUCUACUGAGCAACACCGGACUCAACAUCCUCAACCUCAGCCGAAACUCGCUCGAAGGCAAAUUACCAGACGUUUUCGGGUCGAAAACGUACUUCAUAGGACUGGAUUUAUCGUACAACAACCUCAAGGGUCAGAUACCGAAAUCUUUGUCAUCGGCUGCGUAUAUCGGCCACCUGGAUCUGAGCCACAACCACCUCUGUGGAUCGAUCCCAACUGGGUGGCCGUUCGACCACCUCGAAGCGUCGUCGUUUAGCUUCAACGACUGUCUCUGGUAACCGACCCAUUACGAAAUUUCGGAACACUUGACGUUUCGGCUCCGAAAUAUCGGGUCAAGUUGAAACUUGUAAAAGCAAGAAAAAGAAAAUGCGCUCUAUGUGCGGGUGUGUUUUUGUUUUUAAUCUGAUUUUAUUUCAAGAAAGUGUUUUCAUAAUUUAAGAUUAAGAAAAGAAAAGCUGAAAAGGACAAAGAUUCACGUGAAGCAAAGAGGGUCUAUAAGAUACAGCAGUGGGAGAGAAAAAUCACCCACUUUAUCGUGUAAAAGGUUAUGGGAAAUUGUUGAAGUGGUUAUAAAAGGCAAUGGUGAGUGUUCCAUAAAUUUCAGGGGUGGAAUCAUGACUCGUUUUUUAUGUUUUUUGGAA